CGUUCAUUGCCACAACUUCAACGUCUGAACCGAAUUCCAGAGGGUCCCGCGCACGAAGAUAUGAGUGCGGUAGAGAAUGCGAUAGAUGCAGCUAUCCAGUUUAUCGGGCCGUUCCUCGGGAAGGGAACCGUACCCCAGCAAGAAGCCAGCGAGUUUCCACAUCUUCUUCAAGAGUCGCUCGCCCACCUGCAAGCAAUAAACACCGCCGAACAGGUUGCUGCUCCGGACGAACCGUAUGAUGGGUCUCUCGUUGGCGUUGUAUAUGGCCUGCUCGAUCUCAUCACCUCGAUCGGUAUCCUACCUUACCUAUCCAAAGGUAUCAUCUUUAGCCAGCGGCCGAAAUCUGUUUUAGUAGUCUCGAUACCAGUCCAGCCUAGUCCUGAGCGGGAUCCUCUCUCGCAUGCUAUCGAUGUUUUGAUCCCGAUCAUUGCGCUAGACGGUGCGGGUGUGCAACCGCUUCUCGUCCAACGAAUUUUCCCAGACGUCAUAUCUGCGCUCGCAGAACUCUCGUUUUCGCCGCAAUCGAGUGAAACUUUGCAUUCCCGAUACACACCAGCUUAUGAGAAAUUAAUUGCUACUACACCUGUCUCCAGAUUACUCCCUAUCUUGACCUCACUGUUGCAACAGGAUGUUCCACCAUGGUGGAAGGCGCGGCUGACGAAGGAGCUCACCCUGAUCCCUCUUCGACCAUACGGUGUGCGGCAUACAGUAGAAUUCUUGGCAUUGUCGUACUUGUCCAAGAAUUCUCAAGUACCGCAAGACGCCUCAGGGCCGCAGUCGAAGCUGCCGCUACCACUGGAAUCUAUCACCCAAGCAGCACGAUUACUAUCUUCUGUCCCUGUCGAGAUGACUCAGGAUGAAUGGUUCACUCAGCUUGCACCCCAGCUGCUCAACUUACUGGAUGGAAACGAGGGCCAAGAGCUUAGCCGUGCAGCUGGCCAGAUCAUUGCAGGGGGCAUACUGAACAAAAAGAGCAUCGGUGCACCAAAGACAAUCGGCUGGGAACUCUUUGCCAGACCGUUGCUUGAAACGAUCUACCCAACGACAAGCCAAACAAGCGACCCGAAGAAGAACGCACUGGGCCAGAUCAUUGUGGAUGAAAAGAAUCUGCGUCGUGCUUUAAGUCGACUGGCUACCCUCACCUCUUCAUACUCGCAUGCUGGCGUUCUGAAACGACUCGUUGGGCCGAUCCAUCUACCGCUGUGGGGACUUAUCUCCUACGCAUCGUCUCACCCAUCUCUAGAUAAGGGAUGGUCAAUGCUUCCUCGUACGAUCCUCCUCCGGUACUUGACUCUCGCGUGCGAGGUACCGCGGGUCGGUAACAUCUCAAGAAAUCUUUUCUGGGAUGGCGAGCCUUCUUGGACUUUUGCUCCAGGUUCCCAAGGUGGCGUCGAAAUCCGUACACGAACUCCGGUCAACGACAAUCUGGGGAACAUGGGAGAUCUGCUUUCUCGAAUGGCCAGCGUCGACCAGUACGUCAGCGUCCUCGUUUCUUUGCUGGUGGAAGCCAAUGUUGAAGAUUCCACUGCGGGUGCAAUUUUCAUACAAUCCACCAAACGUUGGCUAUCACCAGAUUCACGAUCAGCGACUUCACUGACGAGUGAACCUGAUGUGGAUCCACUCUCGGCCCUUGUGGACGCAAAGUUCUCGGAAGCACUGGCGACGCAAUUCAAGGAGAAAUUUGCUCGUAGUCCUCAGCACAUCAUUGAGCUCAUGGGUCAGCUUUUGCACAACUUCGUACAAGAACACAAGGUAAAGAUAAAAGACCUGAAAAGUAGGAACAAGCCAACCCGCGCAAAUCUGGGCAAAAUUGCGCAGGCAUCGUCGGCCACGCCUGCUGAGAGUAGUGAUGGUGGUUCCGAGGAUCUCGUGUCAUUUGCCAUCAGUAUCAUCAGCACGAUCAUCUCGUCACCCGGUUUCCAACAGACGCCAGAAAUUGCCGAAGUCAUUGGUUCAAUGCUUCCUUCUCUACAACACCUCUCGCAGUCGAGCCACGAGCUCCCGAUUCCGCCUCUGAUUCGUAAUGCAGCAGCGAACAUCCUGCAGACCAUCCAGCCAAACUCCGCAUCGACACCUACAGCAGACCCGCUAGCCCAGCAUCGCGUAACCUUGAAGACCGCGCUCACAGAUAUAGUCUCACCGGAACCACCCAAUCGUGUCUGGGCUCUGUCAGCCAUACGCAAACUAGUCCAGGAUCCUCUGGCCUUCCCAAUCCUCGACAUACCUUCUCUGACACACACAAUACUCUCAGCAUCCGUAGCAGACGGCGAAUCUUAUGUACACACCGCAGCCAUCCCCGCCGUCGUAGAGCUGACAGUCCGCGCGCCUAACCCCACCGUUCGCAUCCUCGUCGACGCCUUCGUGGACAUCGACGAGCGCUCGCUGCGUCUCAAGAAAGAGAAGGAGAUCGAGGAGGCGCUCGACUUUCGACUUCGCGUUGGCGAGAUUCUGAACAACUUUGUUGCGGAGGAUGCGUUUUGGCUCUCUGACACGGCUGUAUCCACCAAGUACACGAGCCUGAAGCUGAUUAUUGAGGCAACAUUAUCGCUGGCUUCGCGACGCGGUCAACGCAAGAAGACGUUAGCCAAGCGCAACGAACUCCUGGAAAUAGAGCGAAAAGAUCAGGAAGAAGGGGAGGCCGCGUGGGGCGGCCCAAUUCCGAACCUACUCGACCCAGAAGCACACAACGCUGCCGAACAAGCAGAGCGUGAUGCGCUGUUCAAGAUUGUGCAGGGGUGGGAAGACACGGGGAUAGAAGAGGACGUAAGGGUUCGUGCUUCUGCGCUUAGUGUUCUGGGCAGUGUGCUGGAGAAGCGGCUUGAGCUGCUGAGUCAGGUUACGGUGGACGCGGCGCUGCAGAUGGUUCUGCAAAUUGUUACGAUAGAGACUGCCGAGGCGAAGGGGAUACUCAGACGGGCUGCGGUGCUGGUUGUUAUGGGCUUGUUGAGGGGUAUGGACGGGCUGCUUGAAGAGGGGAAAGAGAGUGUAGCAGGUUUGGGGGCGCGCCAGAUGGAGGAGGUGGAGAGAGUGAUGCGGUGGGCAAGAGACGAUGAUGUAGACGGCCUGGUCAGGGACCACGCGGGCAAUGUGGUAGAGGGCUUGGAGACAUGGCGCAUGAAGAAGUUGUACAAGAUCCGGGAUGAAGGACUCAGACUCGGACCCGAUCUGGGCCUCGAAGGACAUCUGCAAGGGUUGAACGUACAACCUCUCUCGGAACAACGGGGCACGCGCAGGAAGGGGCUGAUUGUAGAAGAGAUCGAGUAGAUUCUUUCGGGCUCUGUAGGCCCAAUGCCACUGACGCCGCCGGUUUGCCUCUCCCACGCCAACUGUUCUCGUGGUAUCAAAGUAGUAUUGCGCGUGGUCUCGUCGCCGUUCGUGCGUCGCCUCGUAUAGCCAAGACGCCGUUGUCGCGUACGUCGUUUCCGCGUGGCGACCUUCAAUCCUCGCUGCCUUUCUUCUCGAAGGAUGACUGUUGAACCCAACGAGCCUCUCUCAACCCGACAUGGCCGUGUCUUUUGAUGCCUUCGGCUCAACCUGGUCUGCCGCUCCAAUCCAGAGUACGUUGUUACACCUUAUCAGCACCUGCCCCAGUUGUCCUGAGCUCUGUCCA